GCGCCGAACCCGCGCGUCCAGGGCAUCCUGCUGGGCCUCAUGCGCGAGCGCGGCGACAUCUACGCCGGCUUCACGGACGUCGAGCUGCGGGGCCUCCUCCAGGCGCACUCGGGCGACGUCGCGGCCUGCCACGAGACGGUGCUGCGGCUCCAGGCCGCCGGCGCCGCGCGCGGCGUGUCGUCCUCCGAGCUCUUCCGGCAGACGGCGCCGCCGCCGCAGCAGCCCGGCACCGUCCUCCAGGGCCCCUACCAGCCCGGCGGCCCGCCGCCGCAGCAGCCCGCCGAGCCGCAGCGCCCGAAAAAGAAGCGGCACCGGCCGUCGCGCGACAAGGCGCGCGACCGCGUGCUGCGCCGCGUGCCCCUGACGCUGCAGGACGUCGACGCGCUCGACUGGAACGAGGCCUGCGAAUACGCCAAGGCCAUGGGCGUCUCGAAGAAGAGCCACACGACGCGCGACGCCUACCGCGACGCCUGCAAGACGUGGUUCGUCGGGCGCGAGACCGACGUCUUCGUGCCGGCCAAGGCGCCCGCGGCGCCGCGGCAGCGCUGGCAGCGCGCGCGGCCCGACUCGGGCCCGCGGCGGCGGCCGGCGCCGGCGCCGGCGCCGGGGCCGCCGCCGGCGCAGCGGCGGCGGCGGCGGCCGCUCGCGGCCGACACGAUCGAGGCGUCGUCGAGCGAGGACGACGACGACGCGCGCGCGCGGUCGCAGCCGACGGCGCUCGACGCGCGCGAGAUCGACGUCGUCGAGCUCAUGGCGCGCGGCGUGCAGCCGCGGCGCUAG